AUGCUAGUAAGAGAGAGUGAUGUAAAGUGUAAAAACGAACUUCGUGUCAAUAGACAUACCUUCAAUGUCAUAUGUGAGAUGCUUAGAGAUAUCGGAGGCUUAAGUGGGACUAGAAAUAUGUCACUUCAAGAGAUAGUCGCUAUGUUUUUGUACACUUUAGCUCACCGUAAAAAGAAUAGGUCAAUUGGACAUUACUUUCUUCGAAGUGGGGAAAGUGUGAGUCGACAAUUUAACCUUUGUUUGAGGUUCGUCCUCAAGUUGCAUGAACACUUGCUUCACAAGCCCACUCCAGUACUCGAAGAUUGUGAAGAUAAAAAUUGGAAACCAUUCAAGAAUUGUCUAGGAGCAUUAGAUGGCACCUACGUUAAUGUAAGGGUGUCUUCACAAGAAAAGGGGAAGUAUUGGACAAGAAAAAAUACUGUUGCUAUGAACGUAUUGGGUGUAUGCUCUCCCAAUAUGGAAUUUAUUUAUGUUCUUCCGGGUUGGGAAGGAUCCGCUCAUGAUGUUCGUGUCCUUCGUAAUGCCCUCUCUAAGCCAAAUGGCUUUAGGGUACCUCGAGGUAAAAGUUAG